GGUACGGCGAAAAAAUGCGAAUGAAUGUAUGGCAGAACGGCAAUGUGGCACGAUGGUGGUUUAGUUAUUGAGUGGGCGUGACCCAAAUCUUCGUAUCAGGAGACGUUUCUGACACCAAAAAGAGUGAUAUUUUCAAUCAAAAGAAAGCUAAACUCAUUACAGCUUUAAGUGAGGCACCCUUGUGUGCAGGUAUCUAGGUUUCACCAGAAGCCUCCCUCUUAAGAUUUUCGGCGGGACUUUAGUAGUGCUACCAAUACCAACAUGCCUCAUCUUUGUUUAUAGUCGCAUUUCAUCGAUCGUGUCGCGCAGUUAGUUUGAAAUGGAAGAAGAAAAUGGAUACUCAACUAAUACCCAAAUUUAUGAAAUUUGCCAUACUUGCAACAACCAGAAGAAGAAAGGUGAAUAUCAACUCGUCAUUCAAGAGUCAACUGAAUCAGGUGUAGCCCAAGGCCAAACAAUUAACAAAGAAAAGGUUAAAGCAAGCUUAACAAAUCCGUUUAGCAACAAAUUGCACAAUUUCAAACAGAUCUUCGAAAGCACCAAAAACAACAGCUCUAGCACAGAAUGCCUGGAAAAGAAAGGGCUCUUGCAAAGGAUGCACAGCCUCUCUCUAAUCAAGUCUAAGGAAAAAAUAACAUGUCCAGUUAGUCAAAAGCUUCCAAUAUGUCAAUGUGACAGUGGGAUAGCUGAAAAUACUGACACAAGGUUUCACACUUGGCCGGAAAGAGGGAGGGACAAAGUGAAAAGUCCUAAGAAGACUUCAGUAGAAACUCACAAAGAAGUAGAAGAUUGCAUUCCGGAUGAUGUUUUCCAGGAAGAAUUGCCAGUUCUACAGGAGCCCUACUCUAAACAACUAAAAUUUAUUCAAACUGAAGUGAUUAAGGAUGAACAACUCUUCAAGAAAGAUAUGGGACAUAGAAGACAACCUAGCUUGCUUAGUACUGUAAGCAGCACAGGAAGUGAAGCUCAUUUGCCAUUGAUGCCAUUGAAUAGCAACCCUCAUUCACACACAAGUUUGUCAAGCUUGAGUAACUAUAGCUCAUCCACUGACUUUACUGAACACACAAAUUCUUUGGAACGUUCUUGCGAACCUCCCCGAUUUGGACUUGCUUCAUUUUGGCAGCGGGCAUUUAAUCGCAAAUCAGAGAGCGAUAACUCGGCGUCGUGGAAACUCUUUAGCCGAACAAGUUUUUUCCAAAAGUCGCGGAGUGGCCAGAGCAGUUGCAGUAGUCUCAACAGCGGUAGCAGCCCGACUUUGAAGGCAAGAAGUAUUGGUUCUACUGGCUUAAUUCUACAUAGCCGUCCUUCGUUCCUGCCGGCAAAAUGCCCAGAAGAGGAGCUUCAUCACCAGUUCUUACAUCAUAAACUGUUAGAAGAAUCCCAGCGUAGAGAACAAACAAAGAUUCAAGAAGAAGAAAAGCGGUUAGAAGAACUGUCCAAACAAGAAGAGCAAGUUGCCGCUGCCACUAAAGUCUGGACAACAGAAAUUCUGCCACAAUGGGAGGUUGCCCGUAAAUUGCGCAAAACCCGAGACCUUUGGUGGCAAGGACUUCCACCUUCCGUUCGGGGGCAGGUGUGGAAGGUCUCCAUUGGCAAUGACCUUAACGUUACUCCUGAACUGUUCUCGCUAUGUCUUGAACGGGCGAAAGAGAAACUGAUCCAUUCGGACGGCGUAGGGUUAGAGAGCAGUGUUGAAGGGAUCAAAUUAGAUUUGUCCAGGACUUUCCCUCAUUUAGGUAUAUUUCAAAAAGGAGGGCCCUACCAUCACGUUCUUGGCGAUCUGCUGAGCGCUUACGUUUGCUUUCGACCAGAUAUUGGAUACGUUCAAGGGAUGUCCUAUCUUGCUGCGACGCUCUUGCUCAAUCUUGAAGUUUCAGAUGCCUUCAUCAGUUUUUCCAACCUCCUCAACCGUCCGCUGUUGCAUGCUUUCUUCCGUCUGGAUCAUGCUAAAAUGGCUGAUUUCUACGCCGGUUUUGAAACCCUGCUCAAAACUCAGCUGCCCAAAAUCCAUUCGCACUUUCUAACGCUGAACCUCACACCAGAUCUGUACCUCCAAGAAUGGAUUUACACUCUCUACUCUCGUUCAUUGCCCCUUGAUCUUGCCUCUAGAGUCUGGGAUGUAUAUUGUAGAGAUGGAGACGACGUGAUAUUCCGAAUAGCAAUUGGAAUAUUGAAGUUGUACGAGUCUACGUUACUGGACUCGGACUUUAUCCAUUCCGCACAGUUACUGACCAAUCUACCUGAAGACAUAGAUGGGAUCAAGCUCUUCAAAACAAUCGAACAAAUAAGUGCUUGCCAAGAAAAAUCUCGUUUUACACAAAUACUAACUCAUCACUUUAAAGUGAAAGGGCAUACGUAAUUCAAAUAACGUCACAACCUCAAGAGAUUGGUAAUGCUAAGCUUGUACUCAAAUUAGUGUCUUCCGUCAAAUACUCUAUGAUUGACGUUGAAAAUACUAUAAAUGUCAAUCGUUCAACUGUAAAAAAUGUUAUUUUUCAGAAGUGUUUAUGUUUGUAUCAAUUCGCUUGAAUUUUUUAAAUGUAACGUUUGUACUGAUAUACGAUCAUGUUGCGUCAACAGCUAUGAUCGGCAAUGGGUUUUAGACAGCAACUGUCUCUAUAGGCCAUUCAAAAUCCUGGUCGGGCAUACCAUUAAGAUGGGUUGGUUUUCUGUCCGGUCUAUUUACCUAAUACAUGAAUUUCAUCACCUA